AUGGACAUAAGAGGCUGCACCUGGCUGCUGCUGCUGUCGCUCUUGCAGUGGGCAGCCAGCAGCCAGUGUCCUGUGUUCCAGUGCAGUCAGUGUCCUGUGUUCAGUGGGCAGCCAGCAGCCAGUGUCCUGUGUUCCAGUGGGCAGCCAGUGUCCUGUGUUCAGUGGGCAGCCAGUGUCCUGUGUUCAGUGGGCAGCCAGUGUCCUGUGUUCCAGUGGGCAGCCAGUGUCCUGUGUUCCAGUGGGCAGCCAGUGUCCUGUGUUCCAGGACAGAGCCACCAGGCUCUACGGCGAUCUAAGAGAAGAUGGGUUCUCACCACCUUGGAACUGGAAGAGGAAGACCCAGGGCCCUUUCCCAAACUUGUUGGGGAGCUGUUCAAUAAUAUGUCAAAUAAUGUGUCACUGAUAUACUUAAUCAGAGGACCUGGUGUGGAUGAAUUUCCAGAGAUCGGUUUAUUCUCUAUAGAAGAUCAACAAAAUGGAAAAAUAUAUGUUCAUCGCUCUGUCGAUCGAGAAGUGACGUCAUCUUUUAUGGUUUACUUUGAUGCUGUGGAUCGGUCCACGGGGAGAGUUGUGGAUGAAUCCCUGAUUUUCAACAUUAGAAUCAGAGAUGUGAAUGAUCAUGCACCCCAGUUUCCCGAGAAGGAAUUUAACGUCAGUGUGAAAGAGAGCCAAGCUGCAGGUCAACCUAUCUUUCAGUUGUUAACAGUCGAUUUGGAUCAAGAAAACACUCCAAAUUCUCAAGUCCUUUAUUUCCUCGUUUCUCAAACACCAUUACUGAGAGAAAGUGGCUUUCGGAUUGAUCUCAUCAGUGGGGAAGUGCGACUCUCAGGAUGCUUAAAUUAUGAGACUGCUCCUUGGUUUACCCUGAUAAUCAGAGCAACGGAUUGUGGAGAGCCAUCCCUGUCAUCCACAGCCACCAUUCACGUCAGUGUGGAAGAUGGCAACAAUCACAUGCCUACGUUUAUGGAAGACCAUUAUAACAUUCAAAUUCCUGAAAAUCAAGUUGAGUGGGGCAUGUUGUAUCUCCCUGUUCAAGACAGAGAUUCACCAUUUACUCCAGCUUGGAGAACACAAUUCAACAUAUUGGAUGGCAAUGAGGAGGAGCAUUUUGACAUCAUGACUGACCCUGAGACCAACCAAGGGGUAUUAAAUGUUAUCAAGCCUCUGGAUUAUGAAACUCAAGCAGCCCACAGCCUUGUCAUUAUUGUGGAGAAUCAGGAACAGCUCUUCUCUUGUGAGGAGGGUCAGUUGCAGCUGUUGACGAAGGCGAUGGCCAGCACCACUGUGAGCGUGCAGGUGGUGGACACCAAUGACCCACCAGCCUUUCACCCCAGGACCUUCAUCAUCAGUGAGGAGGAUGGAGCCAGGCCUGGCAUCCAGCUGGGAGAUUUCAAUGCUACAGACCCGGACAGGAUCACCAGCCAGAUAAGAUACAAACUGGUUCAUGAUCCAGCAAAUUGGGUGACUGUGGAUGAAAAAUCAGGAGUGGUCACCACCAAGAGGCAAAUAGACCGGGAGUCCCCUCAUGUGAAUGACAGCUUUUACACAAUCAUUGUCCAUGCAGUUGACAAUGGCCUCCCUCAGCUGACUGGCACAGGGACCCUGAUGCUUUUCCUGUCUGACGUCAAUGACAAUGCUCCAACUCUCCGGUCCCAUUCUCAACACUUGGAGAUAUGCGAGUCUGCAGGGAACAAGCCCCUGCUCUUGGAGGCCGAGGAUGCAGACCUGGACCCCUACUCUGACCCCUUUACUUUUGAUUUGGACUCUGCCCAAAGAGAUAUAGAUGAUACUUGGAUGCUGAGGACAAAGCAGGGUGAAGGGCGCUCUGCUGAACUUGUAAUGAUGAGAAGCCUCCCUCGGGAUUACUUGGUGCCACUAUUCAUAGGAGACAGGCAGGGCCUCACCCAGAAGCAGACAGUCCAUGUGAGGAUCUGCUCCUGUCCCAGCGGAUCUAAGUGCGAGAAUCGCUCGGACGUGGGGCUCCUGUGGUGGGCCCUGUCCCCUACGUGUGCGGCACUCCUGGCACUGGCAGCUGCUCUGCUUCUCCUGCUGAGGUGCCAUUUUGCAUUUGGACCCAAGAGGCUCGGAGACUUCAUCCCAAGUGACAAUGGCCACCAGACACUGAUUGUGUACAACGAGGAAAGCAAAGCCCUUUCCGCCCAGGGUCAUAACAUGUUCUUUGAGCCAAGAGACGUGAGAAACCGAUCUUCCACACCGGUCUGUCUGGAUCGCUUGGUGCCCAGAUGCCCCCAGCAACUGCUGGAAGGAAGGGUGGUGGAGACAUGGAGUCAGAAGCUCCACACUGUUGAUAUGCUGGAGGGUGAUGCUGACUACCUGCCUCAUGUCUACAGAGAGGAGGGAGAGUGUGAAGGAGCUGAGACCCUCAGCUCGCUGACCUUCCUGGAGCAGGACCUCUCUCCUGAGUUGCUGGAUUACUUGAGUUCAAAACCUACUCCAUCUGAAGCAAUAUGUUCUGCAUCAAGAGUUCCUUCAUAAAAGCAUGGGUGGACAUGAUUUGGGGGGAUGGUCACCCCCUCAUGGGCCCCCUCCUUUUGUCCUUUAUUCUUAAGGACUUUCUAGUCCAGUGGUUAGUGUUGCAAACUUGACAAUCACUUGGGAAACAUCUGGGAGAUGUACCUCUGGCAUGGUAGUGAGGGAUUUGGUAAGAAAUGCCCACUGUGGAUGGCAUCAUUCCCUAGCUGGGAUCCUGGACUUAGAAGUGGAGAUAUGGAGCUGAGCAUCAGUGUUCAUCACUCUCUGCUUCCUGAUUGUGCAUGCCAUGUGACCGCGGCUUCAGAUGCCUGUCACCUUGACUUCCUGCCAUCCUGGGCUGUACCCUUGAAC